AUGCGACCGCGCGCGAACGGGAAACAACGUGGACGAGGCACGCGGUGGGGACGCUCGAAGAGGUGUCAAGUCGUCGCCGUGGACCCGAAGAACCCGCUGGGGCGGCCGAACGCGCGAGGGAUCGUUCCGGGGAUGGGGCCGGGCGCGAGGGAGUGGCGCUUGAUACAUAAAGAGCUCAAAACAAAGUACAGGAUGCCCACGGUGUCGUCGGCGGAGUGCGCGAAGAUGAUGCGUCAAGGCGGAAAGCCCGCGACGCUGUUAGACGUACGAUUUGGACCGGAUUUCGAGCAGUGGGCGGUGCCAGGAAGUGUGAGCGUGCCGUACGUCGAGGGUGGUAUCUUGGCGAAACUUCGAUUACCGGGCUUUAAAAAGGUGAACGCGCGCUUCGUGGACGACGUCGAGCGCGCGAUUCCGGAUAAGACGACGAAGAUUAUUUUAUGCGACAUAUGGGGUGGUUCCUUAGAGCGCGAGCCACCGGAGAACAAAUCAUUCACAGAUCCGACCAAGGGCGCUGGAUCGCUUCCAGCGGCGUUCGAGCUCUAUCAGGCUGGAUACAAAAAUUUAUACCACUUGCGAGGCGGCGUCAACCAGUACUUCGAGGACUGCGAGACGAACAAAGAUUUACCCGAGCCCGACCCCAAGUCCUGGCCCGGGAAUUUGGAGUGGUUCGGGUACAGACAGUUCAACGGCAAGGAUCGCGCCAGGGGUCAGCGCGACGAUUAA